CUCUUCAGGAGGCCGGCGAGGCGGGAAACUCACCAUCCUACCCACUGCCUACGACACCGCCGACCACCAACAUCUCUACAACACACGCGCUCUCACUCCACCCUCGCCAUAUCCUAGUUGUCCUUGCGGUAACGCUGCACGCUGCACGUUGCAUGCAUCACGCCUUGCCUGGCCUUGCCUUGCCUCGACCCCGACCAAUUGUAUGGUCGCAAAGAGCUCCGGAGAGCUAAACAGCGCAUUCCAACUUUCUCCAACGCGAGAAGUUGACUGGCGCGAAAUUGCUGUCUUCCUACACAAACAGCAAAUCGCCCUCGCCCUGCCCACACGCUCUGCCGACUGCUGCCUAUUGUUGGUCUCGCCAUAAACACAAUGCAGACCAGACGCAAGAGCCUAAAUCUGGGAGAUCUCGGCGUUGUUGCUCCGAAACGCUCGCGAACGCAGUCGCAUCCCUCACCGCCGGAAACCGUCGUCGAAGGCGAGGAACCUCCGAUCAAGAAGUCAAAGCGAUCGCAUGCCUCAGCAUCACCGCCUCCGGGUCUGAUGAGCCCGCCGCGAACCACAGUCAUUCGCAUCAAAGACGACAAGCCUCCGAAGCCAUCCGCCCAUCUCUCCCCACCACCAUCACCUGUCGCAGAAGGCGCGACCAGAAAUAAAGUCGAUACCGAAGGAAUCAGCGAUGAUAUUGUCGUCGCGACCAUACAACAAAUUGAGAAGACUGGAAACAGGCCGCACCUAGUCAAGGAGCUUGCUGCAGUCCUCGCAACUCGCCUUCAUUGCGUAGAGAAGUACGGCACAACUGAAGCUGUCUCGUGUCGCAACAGCGUCGCUAACCUGCUGAGCAGAUCUGCUAAUCCGUCUGCGCUGAUCUCAUCGCGCCUGACUUCUUACCUGCAUCGACCAUGGCCAACAGUCAGCCCAUGCCCAUUGGCGAAGGACCUGUCUCCCGUCCAUCCUCGUCGAUUGUAUUUUUACCUCACAACAACACCACACCAACCUAUACCGGAAAUAGCAGAACCUAUCCCUCACGCAAAUCGCAUCAUUUCGCCUUCAUUAUCUUCCGCAUCGGAAGUGAACGACGACGAGCGCUACUCUCGAGAACGACAAUCACUUUCACCAGAGGUCGACCUUUCUUCUCCAGAGCUUGACGAAGAUACUGGCGCUGAUCCGGUGACUCCGGGCGGAUCAUUCUCGGCACGCGCUUCGCGUGAGCGCUCCUCGUAUCUCACCUCCCGCCGAGCUGCAAGCCCUCCCUUGGAAACCGAAGAGCGCGACUUCAAGCAGACGGCAAGCGCACUGUAUGAGGAAGCUCUCAAGCGACGAAACAGCCAACAAAGUCAGAAGGAUGUCGACAUGGAUUCGAAAGAUGCAUCACCUGGCGCUGAAGACUCGGAGAAUGUCGCAAUGUCUAUGGAAGUCGAAGAAUCAGAAGAAAGUCUGGCCCGGAAGAACAGUGAAGCCGCACUUGGCCUGUUUGGCACCUCUGUCACCUCCACACAGCAGAUGGAAUUCAGCAGUCCGGUCAUCCAUCCCCAACACGACCGUCAUGAUGAGAAGUUGAGCCUGUCAUUGUUGGGCGGCAAAGACCAACCAAUCUCACUGCCCGAAGCCGCCCUUGCAUGGGACAGUUUACAAAGCCCAGAGACUGUUGACCUGUCCGAAUUAGAAGACAUGUUCGACGCAUAUUAGAGACCGCAUUGCCACAGCCAUGCUUUUGCCUGAUUAGUGUUAUAUUUGUUUUUGCCCUCCACCAGAAAGCAGAUCUGUCGACAGGGAUGUGAAAGUAGAGUGGACAGGAGCGAGCGCAAGCUCAGGCCUCCUUUCUGGGAUCUGGAGUUUACUUGAGCGUUUCGUCGGGAUGGGGAUGAGACGCGACUGUGUGGUGUAUUACUAGACUUGACGGCUUCUGACGCUUGGCGGCAAGGUGAACGGCCAAGGAAACGACAAAAAAGUGUGCUAUGUUACGUCUGCUGGUUGGACGGAUCGCUUCUGGAUGAGAUAUAGUAGGAAGCUAGAAAUCAAAGAAGAACAUCAAUCUCAAGUCUCAACUUG